UUUUGUUCAGUAUAAAUGAUGUUUGUUUUUUUGUUUUUUUAAGUUUAAAACAUGAUUAAUAGAUUGAAUAACCUAUCUCACCUUUCACCUCUGGACCCAUCUGUUCUGUUCCUAAAUUCCUCUCAUGCUUUUUUGUGAUGUUUCUUUUGUUUCAAGGUUUCAAAACAAAAAAGGAGAGUGAAAAAAUAAUCAAAGAAUUGAAGAAAAAUAAAUACCUGUGGAAGAAAAGUAUGCUCAUACAUAUCAAUAAGUGUUGUACCAUUGGUGUACAUACAAUUAUGAUAACUAAUAAAUGUUGAUUCAUAACUAAUUCUGAUCUUUCUUUGUUUCUCACAACAGAAUAGUGGACAAUGGAAAAUAACAGGUCAUUACAGAAAAACAGGACACUAGCAUCGUUUAAACUGAGCCGUUAUGCAAUCAGCACAUACGUGUGGAGAUUGCAGAGAGAUGCCAGGUAGUUAGAAGCUAAUUGCUGUAAAGUGAUCUUUACAAUAAAGCAAUAAAAAAAUGAAUGCCCCCUGUUAAAGAAAUAAGGCAGGAGAGGCCAACAAAUCAAAUAGUUGUUUUUUUCAAAAAGCCAAGAAAUUUAAAAACUUCCAAAAUAGUAACACUAUUAUUGCUAUUGGAAAUAGUCUGUUAAAUGUUGCCAAUAAUUAAAGCUAAUUACAUAAUAUCUACACCAGUUUUAUAUAUAUAUAUACCAAGUGACUUCACUUAAUUUCAACCAAGACAGCACCAAAUGCAGUGAUAAAGGGGCACACAUGAGAUUAAACCAUCCUUAAUUUUGAUUUGCCUAAAUUUUGAGAUGCUGCAGAUUGUAGUCACAUGAUAAAUAUCUGUAGAUUAUAUCAAGUAACAUCAGGUCUGUAGCUUAACAAAUGAUUACAGCUGACUGAUGUUUCAACAUAUUUUACCAUCAGCCUAUCACACAUAAUGAAACUCAGGGAAGGUCAGAGUGAUGUAUUGAGAAAAUCAUUACUGCAGUCAGAAUUCUUUGAAAAUGGAUCACUUUCAUUUCUUUGAAACCGGACCCAGUGUUCAUGGGAAGAAGUAGGAAGUUUUGUUGUUCCUGUUUUCUUUUUUUAAUGUGUUGGAAAGUUGAAUCAUGUUGAAGCUGUUAUUUUGUGUGGUCUCGUGUUCAAAGCUACUGCUCUUCUGUUUAAUAGCAUCGAUUUCAUGUUCAGGAAUAGCUGAGUGAAGUUGAGUAAUAACUCUUUUUUCUCAACAGUCUGUAAGAGCACGUGAUUCCAUCUAAAAAAAAUAAAAGUCCACACUGUGUAACUACAGCUAAACUAGAACAAACAAGGCAUGUUAGUGGUCAUGGAAAGUUUAACUUUUACUUUCAUGUUACAUAAGUACAUAGACAGCAAAAGGACAGAACGACAACAGCUGCAUUGUUCUCAUCUGAAGCUCUUUACUCAGAGGGUCAUUUACAAAAGAUGUCCGACUUUGUUGUUGAUCUUGUUGGGGAAAAGAAGAGGAUUGCAGAGGAAGCAAAAAAGGCUGCAUCUGAAAUAGUGCAGGAUGCGAUUGAUAAACAGUGUUAUGGCUUUCCAGUCAGCUUCUACUACACUUGUUCAGAGCCAGUCGACUCCUACACUUUCUGCUGCAUUCCCACCGAAGAGUUUCUGCAGGAACUUCUAACAAAGCUUAAUGGAGUAAGUUUCAAAGAGGACACAGACCCUGAAAUGAGAGAAACCUUCGCCUAUGUCACUCCAUAUGAAAAGGAUCAUACAGUUUAUUUGUGUAAGAUGUUCUGGAGUGCACCCGACAUACUGCACAUAGACUCAAAGCCUGGAACAUUAAUCCAUGAGGUUUCUCAUCUGCUGGGCACUAUCGAUGUCUCCUAUGAACACCUGACUGUAGAGUUAUAUGAAGCCUAUGGGACACUGCUGGGCAAGUCACAGUGUGUAAAAGAUGACGAUGGAAAAGGGUACUGUAGAGAAGAAGUGUUCCAGGUGAAUGCCAACUGCCUUGAGCAUGAGUUUGAGACCAUCAUCAAUCAUGAGCAAGAGUACUCUAAUGGAAGAUACCAGUGCUGUGGAGAAACUAAGAAACAUUCAGUCUGCAAACAUCGCUCAACAGACCAUUACUCUCUACAUAAAAGAUUUGAAGGGCAAAGGGCUGAGAUGGAGCGUAAGCUGGCCAAGUUCUGGGAAGGGAGAAAAGAUCACGCAACCACUGAGGGAAAGAGGGUAAGAUAUGUGAAGAGGAAGAACAAAGCCUGUGAAGUGAUUCCUGUUUCUGGGCCCUGAAAGCUUCCAGAGAACAAUCGUGAUACUACAUAUUAAAUGAUAAUGUACCAUAUAACCAUGUCACAUGAUAUAAUCUUAAGUGAUUGAUUUCAAACAGGACAUUAUGUAAAAAUUAGAGUAAUGUUGCUUAUUGCUGUUGAGUUAGAUUACCUAGCUAGUUAGCUGGCUAGCUAAUAUUAAUGUUCACAUGAAGGCUCCUUGUCCCAGUGUUUGUUCUGCCAUGGUGCCUUGCUUUAGUGAUCUACUUAUUCAUGUUACUCUCUUGACAUAAAUAUAAUACAUAUUUAACACAUCUCAGAUUUUAUAUGAUUUUAUAUAAGCAUAAUAAUACAAGAAUAUUACUAGUGAUCUUGCUAGUUAGAAGAACAAUUAAUGUUGCAGACCACUUUGUUUAUUUUUGAAUUGCUUUGUGUAACUUAACUCUAAGUUGCAUGAAACUUUUGCUGCAUGUUACUCUCAACCUGUAACUAUUUGCAUAAAACUUUGACCAUGUAAAGCCAGCCAUAAAACCAUAUUGCUUUAUGCUUGACUUUGUUCUGGAAUGUUCUACAAUAAAAACUUUUUAUAGUCUGGGUCUGUGUCACACCUUGUAUGGACUCUCCUAGUCUUAUGGAUUACAUUUCUCAAGACACAUCAUGGACUACAUUACCCAGGAGUCAAGCGGUGAUCAUGUGAUCAGUGACGAUCAGCCUUGCACCUAUCGGUGCUCUCAGUCACCAGAAUAUUGAAUGGUCUCACCUGUCAUAAGACUAGUUUAGUGUAGUAUAUAAGCCUGGGCUUUAGAAAGGGUUCUUUAGAAAGGGUUCUCGUGGUAUUGCUUCUUUAGAGAACUUAAUGAGCAUUUAUUCUGAUUGCUAUACUCUGUUUGUUGAUGCUGAUUUCGACUCUGCUUUUUGACUGACCCUUUUUGUACCUUUGUUGGGUUAUGGAUUGGUAAUUUUGAACCGUGUGGCUUGCUAUUUCGACCUUGUCUUUUGUAUUGCACUCUGGAUAUUGUUUGCCUUGUGAUAUGAUGACAUUUGUGAUCAUCUAUCAAUCCUGGUUUUGACCUACACCUGUACUUGGACUAUGACUCUGCCUUGUGUUAAUAAAGCCACUAUUCUCA